AUGGACCAGAUGUCAUCAGCAAGUUCCAAUGCUGGCAAGAAAAAUGCAUACACAGCAAUCAGAGCAGAUCCUGAUGAGGAUUACUGCACCCCAGGGGCAUUCGAACUGGAGCGGCUCUUCUGGAAAGGAUGCCCCAAGUACACUCACGUCAACGAGGUCUGGCCCAACCUCUACAUUGGAGAUGAGAAGACGGCGCUGGACCGGUACAGCCUGGAGAAGGCGGGUUUCACACACAUCCUCAACGCCGCCCACGGCCAGCGCAACGUGGACACGGGGCCAAAAUACUAUCGUGACAUGACUGUGGAGUACCACGGAGUGGAAGCAGAUGACCUCCCCACUUUCCAGCUCAGCCAGUUCUUUUACUCAGCUUCUCAGUUCAUUGACAAUGCGCUCCAGGAUGAAAGAAACAAGGUUCUGGUUCACUGCGCGAUGGGUCGCAGCCGCUCAGCCACGCUGGUCUUGGCUUACCUGAUGAUCUACAAGAACAUGACCGUAGUGGAUGCCAUCGAGCAAGUAUCAAGACACCGAUGUAUCUUGCCAAACAGGGGCUUCCUGAAGCAGCUGAGAGAACUGGACAUAGCGCUGGCACUGCAGAGGAGGAACAGCAAGAACAGCCUCCCGUCUGAGGAGGGCGAUGGCAGCAGCAGCACCACCUAA